AUGGCAAUGGAUGAGAUGCUUUUCCAUCUCGGACAGCAGGUGCAUCAUUAUCUGCGGCUGAUCAUUCUCAACAGCGGGAUAUUUGAGCCCCCUAUCCCUCUCUGGUGCCUCCAAGCUCUCCUUCUGGUGCAAGCUUAUGGAAAGAUGAUCUCUUCACGGAAAAAUUAUGAGAUGGCGCAUAUAUUCCACGGAACAAUCCUCACCAUGAUGAAAAGAGGAAGUAUCUAUCUCACAGCUUCCACUUCGCAGUCAACCGAGCCCAAUGAGCUCCCCCAGACAAGCUGGCACCGCUGGAUAAGCGAAGAAUCUUGGCGUCGGACCGCGUUCUUCGCGUUUGUCAUGGAUGCCCAACAUGCCUGCGUAUUUGGACACUCUCCCGUGCUCUCAGUGAUUGAUAUGCGGAUCGCGCUCCCUUGCCUUGAGUCGAUAUGGGAGUGUCCUUCGGCAGAGUCAUGGCAAGCGCUGAAUCGACCCGAAAUGGCUCCAUCGCUCUUUUUACCGACGCUCAAGUCCCUGCUCCGGGAGAAUGUGGUCCCACCGCACUGCAGUGAAUAUGCGCGGUUCGUGCUUUUGCAUGGGCUGAUGAGUCUACAGACUCAUCUUCAGGCCGGCUCACGUUUAACGCUUGGGAUCGAAGUGGGGAAACUACACGCCUAUGCGAGGACGCAUGAUUCUCACCAGCCUGACUGCCCAGGUAGUAUUGGCAGCAGCAGCAGUAAUAGCACCCCCAUCUGGGCAAACACUGUCGAUGCAGCCCUGGACACCUGGUCCACAUCUCUUUUCUCCCUGCAGCCAUCGCUGUGCCUCGAAGCGGCCCGGCCCUUGCACCGCGUUGCACAGAUUACCCUACACGUUAGUGUACUCGAUAUCCACACCCUCGCCAUGGACCCGUAUCUCUUGUCCGGUUCAUCGCUUCUGAGUACCGAUUCCGGGACCUCGAUCGCUAACACAAACACAACUAAAGCCCUAACACGCCUGCAGCGCUGGGCCCAUACCGAAUCCGCUCGCAGCGCCUGUCGAUAUGCGCUUCUCUUAGUGCAAGAGACUAUGUUCAGUGGGAAGCGCUACUUAGCUCGCGAGGACAACGUCGCGCCGCGGCCGUGGUGCUUAUAUAUUGCAGUAUUGACGCUCUGGGUUUAUGGCCUGAUCACGGAGGGUCCUGCCACGGACGAUGAAACUACUGCUGGGGCCGAGGAAUACAUGAUUCGGAUGACACGCGUGAUGCAGCAGGCUAAUCUGACGAAACCGGUCAUCGGCGGGACGAACCAGAUCGCUGGCUUGAUUCGGGCUGUAAGGGAUGCGUUAACGGGGUGUCGGUGGGAGUUGUUGCAAGAGGCCCAUCUGGUGCUUCGGCGCUUGGGGGGUGAGACUUUGCUUGACGCUAGCGGCGAUGGAAAGACUCUAAUUUAA